UCUGUGUGUUUCGUUCCGGAUCUCGUUUCGCGGUGUGACAAGUGUGAAAAUUAGGGAAAUUAGCUACGGACAGAAAAUGCGGGAUAAAUCUUUGGUGACUGCCUCGGGGCUCAGCCUCUGCCUCAGCCUCUGCCUGUGCCUCUGCCUGGGGCCGCGCAUCUCGCUGGCAGCGGCCGUUGGACGGGCGGACAGCAGCGACAGCAAAACGGCGUGGGAGCUAACGGAGGCGCUAUCCGGCACAUCGGGGCUACGCGGUUUCAAUGGCACCUGGAUAACAGAUGAGGAAUUCUAUUAUACAACCUCCGAUAGAACCAUUCACAAAUUUAAUGCUGCCACAAAGACGGAUUCAAUCUUCCUCGGCUCAUCCUUCCUGAAUAACUAUGCGGGAGCCACCUUUGUGCUUUCGGCAGACAACACCAAGAUCCUGAUCCGUCACAAUCUCACGGAGAAGUUCCGUCACUCGUAUAUAGCUCAGUAUGAUGUGUACGAUAUCGAUACCAACACUACCAUUCAGAUCCACAAAGGAGAGAAGCUACAGUACUGUGGAUGGUCACUGCGGGAUCGCCUGGCCUAUGUUUACCUGAACAACGUUUACAUCCACUUCAGUGAGAAUCUGGAGAUCAAGGUCACGGAGGACGGUGUGGAUGGUGUGGUGUACAAUGGAGUUCCCGAUUGGGUCUACGAGGAGGAGGUACUGAGCAGUGGAAGCGCUCUUUGGUGGUCACCGGAUGGCACCAAAUUGGCCGUGGGCUUUUUCGAUGACACCGAUGUGGAGACCUUCAAUUACUUCAUGUACGGUGAUGGGGAUAACACCAACUAUCAGUAUCCCCACGAGGAGCACCUCAAGUAUCCCAAAUCGGGUACCAAGAAUCCUUUGGUCAGUCUGCGUGUGUAUGAUGUCACCAACAAUGAUCCCACCAUGCAACGAAUUGUGGCACCCGCAGAUUUUGUUGGCAGUGAUCACAUCCUCCAGAAUGUGGUGUGGUCCAAUGAGACACAUCUGCUUAUUACCUGGAUGAACAGGAGGCAGAACCUCUCCUCCAUUCAGAGCUGCAGUUAUGAAGGCGUCUGUGCGGAGGUUAAGCGGUUGGAGGAACCAUCUGGCUGGGUGGACAUUAGCACACCCAAGUGCCUCAGCACAGGCACGAGCUGCAUAUUCUCCUACUUCAUUGACAACUGGCAGCAGGUGUGGAAUCUUAACCUGGAGACGGGCAUCAACAGCUGGCAAUCGCGUGGUAAUUUCACAGUCUUAAAUGUUUAUGGAUACGAUGAAGCCAGGGAUAAACUGUACUACCAGGCCACCCAGGCUAAUGAUCCCUCGGCGUACCAUGUGUACAGAAACAACGAUUGCCUUAGCUGUGGCCUCAUCGAUGUGGAGGGAGUUGCCUGCAAAUCAGCCAGUGCCACCUUUAGCAAAGGUUUCUCCUACUACACACUCUCCUGCAAUGGACCCAAUCCCACUUAUGUGGGCAUCUAUGAGGCCACCGGGAAUACACGUCUGGUGGACUGGGAACCCAACACGGAGUAUCGCGCCAAGAUAGCCCAGAAACUGCGUCCCACCUAUCACUUCCUUAAUGUCACCUUGGCCGAUGGUACCAUCGGUUUCGCCAAGCUCGCCCUGCCUCCCAAUUUCGAUGCCACCAAGAAGUAUCCAUUGAUUGUGGUGGUCUACCAGGGACCCAAUUCGGUGCGAGUUACCAAUGGAUUCACUUUGGGCUACGAGGCCUUCCUCACCACCUCCCGGAACACAAUCUACGCUUAUAUUGAUGGAAGAGGAACGGGUAACAAGGGCAAGGAUCUGCUUUUCUCAGUGAACAAUGAUCUGGGUGAUCAUGAGGUGGAGGAUCAGUUGUUUGUCACCCGCUGGAUGCAGCAGAAUCUCGCCUAUGUGGAUGAGGAUCGUUGUGCCAUCUGGGGUUGGAGUUAUGGUGGUUAUAUGACGGCCAAGACCAUUGAGAAGGAUGAUAAUAGGGUAUUCCAGUGUGGUGUUUCAGUGGCCCCUGUUACCUCUUGGCUGUAUUAUGAUACAAUUUACACUGAACGCUAUAUGGGUCUGCCCACCGACGCUGAUAACUUGAAGAAAUAUAAUGAGAGCAGUGUCUUUCUGAACUUGGAAAACUUUAGAUCGCAUGAUUUCCUGUUGAUUCAUGGUUCAGGUGAUGAUAAUGUUCACUAUCAGCAUUCCCUGCUAUUGGCCAAACUGCUGCAAAUGGCGGAUAUACAGUUCGAAGAGCAGACCUACACCGAUGAGAACCAUGGCAUUGGCAAUGCUCUGCCCCAUUUGUAUCACACCAUUGAUGCCUUCUGGAUGAACUGCCUUAACCUGGAGGUGCCCGAAGGCUCCGAAUAGGUCCUUUCUAGUCACAUUUGAGUAUUUGGAAAUCCUUGUUUUGUACUUUUUGUAUCUACAUAUAUCUUUUUAAACCUGAUUGUGUUGAAUGUAAAUUAAACAUCUGUAAAUAUUUUAUUUGAA